AGACUUUACAUACCUCACUGGCCACGGGGGUAAGUACGAAAUCUGGGAUAAGAGAAGGAAACCGACUGCAACGUAGAAUCCAAGAGAAAAUGCCACCGAGUGAAAAGAUCAAAGUGGGUGUUUUGGGUGCGACUGGGACGGUGGGACAACGAUUCAUCCAACUCCUCUCCACCCACCCAUACUUCGUCCUCCAUUCUUUAGGCGCUUCAGCACGUUCCGCCGGUCAAACUUAUUCUUCCGUCACUCGAUGGAAAUUAUCUUCUCCCAUGCCGGAGAUCGUCAGAGAUAUGAUGGUUCAUGAAUGUCGACCUGAUGUAGGUGGGUUUGAUGAGUGUGGUGUUGUGUUUUCAGGUUUGGAUCAUGAUGUGGCUGGGGAGAUAGAAGAAUCAUUCCGUUCCUCCGAAAUACCCAUUUUCUCCAACGCUAAAAAUCAUCGACGAGAUCCAUUAGUUCCUCUAAUAGUCCCUCUGGUCAAUUCUUCCCAUCUAUCAAUAAUACCACAACAACAAUCCCUACUCGGUCUAAAAAAAGGUUUCAUACUUUGUAAUGCCAAUUGUUCAACAACAGGUGUUGUCGUCCCAUUAGCCGCUUUAGAAAAAUCAUUCGGUCCUUUGAAAACAGUAAUGAUAACGACUCUUCAAGCUAUUUCAGGUGCUGGUUAUCCUGGUGUUAGUAGUAUGGACAUUAUGGAUAAUGUCGUUCCUUUUAUAGGAGGUGAAGAGGAGAAAAUAGAAUGGGAAACUUUGAAAAUUUUAGGUGGAAUAAAAGAAAUCGAACAUCAAAAUCAAAACCAAAUUGGGAAGAAUGGGAAGAAUGAAACUAAAUUGGAAUUCGAUCAUCAUCAAGAAAAUAAAUUGAAAAUCUCUGCACAAUGUAAUAGAGUACCAGUUUUAGAUGGACAUUUAUCAUGUGUCAGUGUUGAAUUUUCAAAAGAAGCAAAACCUACUUUAAAAGAAAUUGAAAAUGCUUUCAAGAAUUAUACUUCUGAAGCACAAGAACUAAACGUACCCAGUGCACCGAAAUCUCCGAUAAUAUUACAUGAAUCUCAAGAUAGACCACAACCUAGAUUAGAUAGAGAUUUAGAGAAUGGUGCUUGUGUCAGUGUUGGAAGAAUUAGGGAAUGUGGGGUAUUAGAUUUUAAAUUUAUAUGUUUGGUUGAUAAUGUCAGAUUAGGAGCGGCUACUAGUAGUGUUAUGAACGCUGAGAUUGCUGUUGAGAAAGGUUAUGUGAGGUAGGGUAAGGGAAUGUUUAUUGGAUAUGAGUUUGGGGGUUAUUCAAAAAGAAGGAUUAUAUGAUGGUUUAUCGAUCUUAAUCGUAAGAUAGGUUAUCCUUCCAUGAAUUUAGUUGAUUGGUGUUCUCUUUUUUGUUUCCCGUUGUCAUAUGAGGUACUUUUGAUCAUGGUAUGACCUCUAUGGUUUUUGAAAUGUGUAUUCGAGAGGGGAUCACGUUUCGUUCGAGAAGGUAUCAAGUUUCUUUCAAGAGGGUAUAAAGAUGGAAAAACAGUCCGUUAAAAUUCACAUGCAUAUCCAUUUGUU